AUGAAUAUGCCAUUUCUAAAAUUAUAUUAUCGCAGAAAAUCUACAUAUCUAACUUCUGAGCAGAUAGAAACAAUUAGAUCACUUAAAGAUAAGGUACCUAAGUAUAGGAUUGUGAGAGAUUUCCAUAUUAAUGAACAUCGAAUAGAUGAUAUAUGGGAAGGGCGAGAACGUCAGCAACAAAUAAUACAAAAUACCAUUUCUACUGAAAUAUUACCUGAAUAUUCUAAUCAGGCCAAAAGCGAAGUUUUAUUGCAAAGCAAGUCAUUAGGCGAUUCUCCAAAUCAUGGUUCUUCGAACUUACAUCUGGAAUUUACCACUCCUCUCAAUACAGAAAUAAAAAAGAAAAGUUCCAAAUCUCGGUCUAAAUCUGCUCGCAUAUCCGAUCCAAUACCUAGUAAUAAUUCUAAUAUAGAAGUAUCCACAUUUAAUAAGACAGAAAAAAUAAGUAGUGAGGAUCUGGGUGCAUUAUAUGAAAAAGAGGCCAGAAGAGAUGAGAAAAAUAUAGCAAAUAUAACUCGCCUAUUAGCUACCAAUUAG